UUUCAGGUAGCUUUCAGGAGCGUCAAUCAGCUGCGCAGGCAAGCGUAGGUAGCCCCCCUCGAGCGACUGGGAUUACAGCCGCCCUCUUCCCGAGGCAUCGGAACAGCGUCGCACCAUCACAUGCGUGCUAGUGUCCUUGCACGCAGCCUUCGGUAGGCGCUGGCCCGUGUAAACAUGGAGGAUCUAGCGAGACGCUAGUCGCAGAGCGAAGAGCGAUCCCUGAGGAGUCAUGUUCAAAAUAGAAUCGUACGUGACUCCUCUGAUCCUCAGCUAUGUGAGCAAGUACGUCAAAAAUAUUCGACCGGAGGAUUCCCAGCUUUCACUGUGGGGCGGUGAUGCUGUCUUCAGCAACUUGGACCUACGACUUGAAGCUCUAGAGCAAGAGCUGCGGCUUCCUUUCCGCCUUGUCAAUGGUCACAUUCACGAGCUGCGCAUCCAUGUGCCAUGGACCAAGCUCACCUCAGAGCCUGUCGUCAUCACUGUCAACACCAUUGAGUGCGUGCUACGGCUUGGCGAAUCUUCAGCCAGCUCCUCUUCAUCCUCCGUGUCAUCAACACCUUCAACAACUCGGUUUAGGCGAGUAAGUUCUGCUCGUGCUAUCAGCCCUGACGGCGGCAGUUCCUCACCGACCCUCACUCAGCCCCCUGGCGGUUACCUGGGCGGCCUGCUGCAGCGCGUGCUACACAACAUCACGAUUGUCCUCAACAAUGUCAUCCUCAAGUAUGCCGAGGAGGACCUUGUCCUCUCGCUCAACGUCAAGGCCGUUGAGGUGGCCUCUGCCGAUGCCUCUUGGCAGCCGGCAUUUGCACAGCUGGCCACAGAAGACCCGGUGCUGCGCAAACUUGUAUCCAUGGAAGACGUCACCAUUUGCCUGGACAAGCGUGAUGCCAGUGGCAAGAUUGAGGCGUACCAGGAACCCCUGCUCUACCGGUGCUUUGUGCUGGGACGGCUUCACAUGCGUUAUGAUGGGAGUGGCCGUCCAAGUGCACUGCGCUUCCACGUCUCCUGCGAGCGGCUCGAUCUGUCGCUGACCGAUCAGCAGCUGCCACUGUUUGUGCGCCUCCUGGAACUUUGCCUGGCACUGUACUAUGGCCGCCUGGCAUGCAGUCCCGUGGAGGAAUCUCGCGACGCCCCAUCACCUGAUCAGCCACAGUCUCCAACAUCCUGGGUGUCCUCCGGCACCACUCCCGCUGAGGGGGACCCUGGCAGUGAGCAGGGCUGGGGAGCUUGGGCAUGGUCCAUGGUACCACAGAUUCUGCCCACCUGGGAAGAAGAGGCGCUAGGGAUGGACGAUGGCGUUGGCGACCCUACAUUGGUAGACACUGGCUGGCCCACAUUGUACCAUGUGGGCUGCUACGUGGCAAAAGCUACCUGUGUCUUUAAGACGACGAGGGAAGAUGGUUUUGCAGGCCGCCUUUCUUCGUCACGGCGACAGAAUAUGACCGGGCGAGCGCUGCUGCAGCUGGAGUUGCAUGGUGCCACAUGUGAGAUGGCGCUGCAGGGGCUUACAUGGGUGCACCUCCAAGUGGGAGUCACGGGGGCCGCGAUCUCUGGAUCUGAACGCUGCGCUUGUGGAUUUGACGAGGCAAUGCGGCGCAACGGCAGGUCAAAGGGAGCAGCCAUGUACCUGAGAGCUGGAGUCACUACAGGUGGCCACACCUACAACCACCUCACAGGCUCGCUCUUCGAUCCUCUUGCACCUGAAAACUCUGGCCAAAUUCGUGAGCCUGAGCCUGGUUUGGAUGCACACGUCGAACGACUCACAGAGUUGGCCAUGGCCGAACGCUUCCCUGCCCUGUGCAUGGACUACCUGUAUGAGCUGCAAAUUCCCGAGGACUGGGAUGAUUCAAAUGAAGCUGAGGAACCCUGCACUGUCGCAUUUCUCGAGAGCUCGAAUUGGGUCGAGCGUUCCCUGUGUCGAUCUGUGAUUGGUCCCCUCGUUAUCGACAUCACAAGUGGAACAGUGCAUCGCCUUGAAUGGAUGCUGGAGUGUAUCAUGAAUGGUCCUCCGAGGCCAACUUAUGGACAAGAGGAAAUAGCACCCCUACCAUUCCCACUGGCCAUGCCAAAUGAAGAGCAGCUGGAAAGGCUAUGCCAGUUUGUCCCAAGCCGCACAUAUCGUCUGGCCGUACUGAAGCCCCGAAUUAGGCUCUGCCCUGCCACGCACUCGACCGGAGACAGCCCGCGACAGAAGUCCGUCCUCCGUCGGAAGUUCUCGCGAGAUGAACCUGGCCCACCGAGUGCGCUGAUCAGCUCCUGCCUGCCCUUGCUGGAGCUACAGCUCGAGUGCCUCGACAUCUCACUGUCAAAGCCGAUGUACCCGCGGAGGAUGACCGCCCUACUGGCAGUGGAUGAAGGUGCGCUGCCCGACACUGUCCGGCAGCAAUGCUUCUCUCACACCCAAGCAAAGCUUUGGGGCCUGACAGUGGAUUUAGCUGCUGCGUCAAACAAAGCAUCGGCUCGUCCACCAGCUCGGGCAGUGGUUUUGGAUCCAGCCUGGGCUACGAUGACCAUGCACUCCGUCUUGUGCCCCGGUGUCCUGGCUCAUGGCCCGAACAGCCUGACUCGGUCUUGGAGCACGGUGGAAGUGGGCCCACUGCACCUUUCGGCAAGUAAGCAGCGAGCCAUGGCAGCCUUGGGAGUGUUGCUGUCCUGGCACUCAGGGCCUUCAGUCACCACUACACUGGGAGCCUCUUCACUUCUUGGGAACCUUGUUCAUGAAGGAAGUUCGACGCUGGAGUUGUCCGUCGGCGGCCUCUCGUGGAGCUUCUCGGAAGACACCCAAGCAUGCACACACUCAGCCAGCAUGGUCUCACUCUCUCUGGUGCUGAAUGAUAAAGACAAAAGCGUCUGCAUAGUUCGUGCACCAGAAAACACAGCCCAGGUGCCUCAGUUUGCGAGGCACGAGGGUGACGUGGAGCGAGAGCUGAGUCGGGUGGAAGAGUCCUGGAUUCGAGCCACUGCCAGAGUGCCGCUGAAAUGGAGUUUAAACACAGCUGAAGCCAGUGGUUACGUGGUGCUCAAGGUGAAGGGUGUCGCUGUUGUGAUGGACCCUGCCCUGGUGACUUGGCUCGCCCCACUGCCUCUGAUUUUUCCAAUGGGUGGCGACUUCCAUGCGGCAGGUUCAGUGGUGGCCACACCCUUUUCACCAACAGCCAGUGACGACGGCAUGCCGACGUUUUCUGACGAGAAAUCCCGAGACGUGCCGCAAGACGGUAGAGGCUCAGCCAGUGGCAGUCAGAAGAGCACCACCACCAGUCUGGUGUCCCCGCCGGACCUAGUGGGUCCACGAAGACUACUGCGGACCAACAGCGAGGCAUCCACUUCCAGCAAGGCACCAGAGCAGCCAAGAGGAUUUCACAGCUGGCUGUACAGCACCUAUCUGCACCUAAAGAACUUUUCUGUUCAGGCGGACAUUGCCAACAUCUGCGUGCUGUUCCCUCGCUUGCCCCUGAUGCUUGCCUUCCCAAGGCAGCAUCGACAGCCAGGCUCCGUAGAGCCCGUACCCAGCGUGCUGCUGCAGUGGCGUCGUGUGCUGAAAGGAGGCUCUGAAGGCACCGUGGUGUGCACGCUGUUGCCAGCCGUGAAUGUCGUUUCUGCUGACUCCCGACCCAAGCAGGCCGCUGCUGGCCCGGCUGAGGUUCAUGACAGUGCGUCCGGGGAAAGAUUUCCGUGGUGUGUGAAACUGAGUUCGUGGGCAGCCUUCGAAGCUUGCAACCAGCACGUCCGCCAUAUGCUCAAGCCUGCUUCCCUGUCGUGCACGGUAGCGCUGACCUCCAGCCACAACUCCGAAUCUCAGCCUAGGCUGCCUCAGCUCGGUCUCUGCAUACACGUUGACGUCGAGCCUUUCCAUCUCAGCGUUUCCAGGAAGCAGCUGAACGAAAUUAGGCAAGUUCUGCUGUUCCUGGCGGCCAUGCAUACAAACGCUUCCAACACAAUGGCUUGGUUCCACCAGCCGGGUGCUAGCGUCCCUGAGUCCAUGGGUUUGAGACCCAUCCACCGGCAGGCCUCGGCACCGAAGGGCCUGGGCAGAAGCUUAAGCCUCAGUGAGUCGGGCGAAAAGAAUGUCGCAACUCCUGUUGUGACCGCCUGUCCAGUGACCAAGACUGCCCUCGAAGUGCCUGCCCUGACGUUCUGGUUCCAGUGGACUUUGCCUAAGGUUGGAGUCAACCUCUUUGGCAAGAGCGGAGAGGGACCGUUGGCCAGACAUGUCUGGCUUCAGUUUGAAGCCGAGGACGUGACCGCAUCUCUGGAUGUCCAGGAAGUAUACUCAAAAGUCAAGCUGAAGACGUCUUCCUUCAACAUCAGUUGCUUCCAAAAAAGCCCAACUUCGCCAACAUCAACAUGGGAAGCUGGACCGUACGAAGGCGUGGUGUUCAGCUGCACCGAGAAGCUCAACCGCCAGACUGGUACCAGCAAGAUGAUGGCCGCCUCGUCUCCCUUGAGCCAGCACAAGCAGGCUGACUUCUUGAACCUGACGUGGACGUCCGCUUUGUGCGCCCAUGUCCGCAGAAACAUCCACAAGUCGAGAAAAGAGUUCACUCCCUUGACAGAAGCUGAAAAGCAGGCUCUGAAGCCCCAUUUUCUCAGCGAGGUUGAUUUGAAACUGGCUCCCCUGGACGUGGUGCUGCACACGUGCGUCGCCGGCGUUGUGGCUGAUAUGGCUGUUCCAGUUCAGAGCCUCCUGGAACUCCUGUGGACGCCAACAGUCAGUGUUCCUUCAAAAUGCCAGUCCUCCAAGCCAGCAGGCUGGGACUUGAACAGCAGGGCACUGCCGCUAGUUUACGUCUCAUCGGGAACUAUCCGCAUUUUUCUUCCUGUGGACGACAAUGGGGGAUCUGAGAGGCUGUCGAGUAGCGGGGACGUCUGUCUGGUGCAGAUUGGAGCAGCGUCCCUGAGCCCUCAAGUUGAGAACCCACUGUGCCGCCGCCCCUUGCGGGAGGACCUGUACUGCUGGGCGCAGGAACAGGGCAUGCUGAAUGCCGUCGGCUCGGACCUGGAAGACCGGCAGUACCACAUGCGCCUGUCAUCCUUCUUUCUGUGCACACUGAACUGGAGUGAUUUGGCAAGUCAGGACGGCAGAGGUGAGGGCACUGCCCUGGGACCUGGUGGUAGCCAGCCAGUGACCACCCUGAUGGGCGAGAACCCAGCCUUCGAAUGGAACCGCCAACCCCCCGGGGCCCACGUGCUCGGCAGGGCGUCCAAGGCACCCGUGCCCUUGCACUUGGUCACUUCCUGCUGCGACCUGCACGUCACCCUGGCUCCCGCAAUGAUCUUCGUGGAGAGCAUGGUCGAUGGAACUUCUCAGGAGGUCCUGGUCUGUGGACACUCUGUGGAAGCGAGCAUACCACGUGACCUGCAUUGCCACUUGAGCCUGGACCAAGUGGCCCUGGUGCACAGGAUCUUCUCGCAGUACCUGCGCAUUGUUGGCAAGCUGGCCGCAGCCACGACACCCACGGGGAAGCACAUCUUCCCGGCGCUGCGCAACACACCUGAGUGUCGCGACAGCGGCCUUGGAAGCGAGCUUUCAGAGGCCCUCGAGUCCGUUCAGGCUUCCGGCGCACCAGCCACGGGACUGAGCUUUGUGCCCUUUGACCUCUUACUGACUGCAUCGACGAUCUCUCUGACACUUGGACAAGUGGAAGCCGACAGGCGAAAGCAGUCGCACUCGCCACCGAGUUGCAGUGAUGACGAAGACAUUGGGUACGACGCCUCAGAGGACUCGGACAGCCGUACUGGUGACGAUGUCGCUACAGGUUCUCACCAGACCACACGAGGCAGUGGCAAGGUGGUUCCACUGGCCCGCCUGGUUGUGCUGCAGCCCCACGCUUUCCUGACAUGCUCUUCUACGGAACAGCGAGCUGAAAUGUCAUGCUUCGACAUACAGGUCGGCGGCGUGCCAACUGGGUUCCGGGCAGCAGGUCGCUGCCUGUCGGAGCUGGCCAGUCCUGGCACGUUUGUGGAACCCUGGCUGGAGACAAAACCUGGGGAGCCGCAUCCCAAGACUGGGAUUCCACCGUCCCUCUUCACACUCUCACUCCAUGGCUUCCUCAUGCCUCAGGUGACUUUGUGUGUGAAGGUUGGCCGGCCUCUGAGGGUGAACCUGAGCGCAUCCAAGCUGGACCAAGCCCUGCAGUUUGCAGAGCUUGCCUCGCGUCAGUGGUCGCAUAUCCAGGGCUGUUCCAGCGCAGUUUGUCAGGACAGGCCUGUGAGCACCGAGACCAAAGGCGCACGGACUGAAGUCGUGGAGGCUCUCGUUGCGUCUUCCAGUGAAUGGAGGCUGUCAACAAAACUGGAGAUGGACCAGCUCGUCUUGUCCCUGGAUGUUCCUGCACAGCACCACCAGAGCUUUAAAAUGGUGCUGGCCUUGGAAGGCCACGCCUCCAACUUGGAAAUCCUGUGCUCCUCCGAAGGUGUUCCGUCAACCAUUGAAAGCAGAAGUACGCUAUCAUCGCUUCAGCUCUAUGCUCUUGUCGAUCAGCAGUGCAUGGCUUUGGCGGGACCAUCAACCUUUGUCGUGUGGGCCGACAGCUUCUGGGAGCAUCUCUCCGGUCUCCCAACAGCACACAGUGUCCUGAGAGUUCACUGCGACAUGCUUCCACUGAGCGUUGGGCCCUCGCAGUUGCUGCAUUGUGUGAUGGCAGCUCACCACACAAUGCACCUUGUGGCUUCUGUGGCAGAACGCCUUGAGAAAAUAGCGCCCCAUGGCAAAGGGAAAACUCCGCAGAAAGCAGCUACUACCGCUCCCAAGGGACCUCAGGGAAAAUCUUGGUGCGAUGACCUCCGCAACGGCAGCUUCCAGUACAUCCAAGAUGACGGCACUCCCAACCCAAAUGAGAUUGUCUUCCGGCGGCCACUGAAAAAUGGGGACGCUGGCGUGAUGACUUGGCGCUACCCUGAGCCACGAGUUUUGACUCGGGUCGACGUCUAUCCCGUGCCGUUCUCAUCGACGGUGACCAUGGGCAUUUCCCCUCCUCCGGCGUUGCAAUGCAACCUUCAGUACUGGGACCCCUGCCAAGAGAUCUUUGUGACGUGCCAACAGUUUGAGUUGUCAGAGAGUGAGCCAUGCUUUCUGGAGCUGCCGGCACUUGGCGUUCUUCGGGGAUCAGCCGCCGCCUGUGGCAGUUGCGGACACUUGGAGGGUUGUCAUCCUUCCUCCUGAGCAGCCAGCUACAAGGGGCAAUGAAGAGCCAACUUCAGGAACUGCCAUGUCUCCCUUGGCGUUGGCCGCCUGCAUGCGCGUGGACUCUCACUUUGACCCAGCGCUGGUGCCCCGUCUGAGAGCAAGUGUGGCCCUCGAUGCCUGCGUUGUCAC